AUGUGCGUGGAAGGUGAUGGAUGCGAGCUGGAAAGCUGCGGCAAUUUGGACGAGGUGCGCACGCUUUCGGGCAGCAUGAGCCCCACGCUCAAAUCCAACCCGGACCUCCACGCCUGCAAACCCGGGCAGAAAUUUCACGCCGCGCUGCUCCGAUGCCGCACGCCGGGCGUUGCUGCCGGGAUCCUCACUUUCGGGAACGUCCUCAAUUACAUGGACAGAUGCACAGUAGCCGGUGUGGCGCAAGAUAUUCAGAAGCAAUUCGCCGUGUCAGACAGCAUCGUUGCCUUGCUGCAAACAGUGUUCAUCUGCAGCUUCAUGGUGGCAGCUCCCAUUUUCGGUUACUUGGGCGACCGCUUCAACAGGAAGACCAUCCUUAGCUGCGGCAUUUUCUUAUGGUCCACCGUUACGCUCUUGAGCUCCUUCAUCAGCGACGAGUACUACUGGCUGUUUGUGCUCUCGCGUGGACUGGUGGGCAUCGGAGAGUCCAGCUACUCCUCCAUCUCCCCCACCAUCAUAGGAGACUUGUUCACUAAUGACAAGCGCACCAUGAUGCUCUCUUUCUUUUACCUGGCCAUUCCCUUGGGAAGCGGAUUGGGUUACAUCCUGGGCACCGGCGCCAAGUUAGCUGCAGGAGACUGGCACUGGGCACUGAGGAUUUCUCCCGUUCUGGGGAUCACUGCUGCAACCCUGAUCAUGCUCUUUGUGCCUGAGCCAAAGAGAGGAAGUGCCGACCAGAAGGGAGGACGCAUCAAGUCCCGCACGUCGUGGCUGUGCGACAUGAAGACGCUGGCUAAAAAUCGGAGCUACGUGUUUUCAUCCCUGGCGUCUGCCGCCGUGUCCUUCACAACGGGUGCAUUUGGGAUUUGGAUUCCUAUCUACCUUGCCAGAGCUGCGGUGGUGCAAAAGACCGCAGAGCCUUGCGGGACCAAAGAGAUCUGCAGCAGCAAAGAGAGUCUUGUCUUUGGGGCGAUCACAUGCAUUACGGGCCUGCUGGGCGUGCUCAUUGGGGCUGCCACUACACGUCUCUGCCGGAAGAAGACAGUGCGAGCGGACCCCCUCGUGUGCGCAGUUAGCAUGCUAGGCUCGGCCAUCUUUAUCUGCCUCAUUUUUGUCGUGGCAAAGAAGAGCAUCACAGGAGCUUAUAUCUGCAUCUUCAUAGGAGAGACACUGCUCUUCCUCAACUGGGCCAUAACGGCCGACAUUUUGAUGUUUGUGGUGAUUCCCACGCGGAGAGCAACAGCAGUGGCGUUCCAGAGCUUCACCUCUCACCUACUGGGUGAUGCAGGAAGUCCAUACCUAAUAGGCCUGAUCUCUGACAGCCUUCGUCAGAGCUACGCGACGUCGGCGCUAUGGAAGUUCCUCAGUCUGGGCUACGCCCUCAUGCUGUGCCCCUUCAUCAUCGUCCUGGGGGGCAUGUUCUUCCUGGCCACGGCGCUCUUCUUCCUGGAUGAUCGGGAGAAGGCUCAGAAUCAGUUGAGUCAACUCUCUCGACCCUCCACUUCAGUCAAGGUGUGA